AUUGGCAGGUCAAUUAAUUCCAUUGACUGACUCCCUUAACAACCCUAAUGUAUGUCUCUCUAUAAAUCGGGUCCUCCCAGUACUCCCACUUCCACCUCCUCCGUUGGAAUAUUUUUCUUAGGCUAAUGUUUUACUUUAUAUAUAUAUUGUGAAUAUAUUGUUGAUAUUGAAAGAGAGACUCAGUGUCAGUACUAGCUAGUAGUGGAUUCUGAAUCGCUCAAUCCUUUUUUUUUUAGUCUUUAAUUUGUCUUCCUCAUCAUCUUCUCUGGCUCCCAUCUACUUUGUUCAUUUUUGUGUUUACAGUAAAAGCGAUCCAUCAUAUAUAUAUAUAUAUAUAUAUAUAUAUUGUGAAUAUAUUGUUGAUAUUGAGAGAGAGACUCAGUGUCAGUACUAGCUAGUAGUGGAUUCUGAAUCGCUCAAUCCUUUAUUUUUUUGUCUUUAAUUUGUCUUCCUCAUCAUCUUCUCUGGCUCCCAUCUACUUCCUUCAUUUUUGUGUUUACAGUAAAAGCGAUCCAUCAAUUUCUAGCUAGGUUGGGAUUUGGGAUAUACGUACAUGAAUGGCCUCUUAUAAUAAUAUGCAAGAAGAUGAUUAUGAUGAAGACGAUGAUGACGAUUCUUCGAUGACGAGGAUGUUCAUGUCAAGGCUAUCAAUUGACAACUUUGAUGCGGAUCACGAGGAAUUAUCGGAUGAUCACAAAGACGCAGGUAAUUUUUUGUCUUGGGACUCGCAACCAUCAUCGGUGCCGGCCACACCAAGGAGGAAUAUGAAUCAGCAGCUCCUAAUCAAAGACUAUGCCAGCGAGAGCGAAGCUCAAAAGAAAAAGAUGAUGAUGAGGAGGAAGAAGAAGACGAAGAGAAUGAGAAGGCCGAGUAGGAGGAUGGUGAGGGAGAGAAUUAGAUGGCAGCUGGAUAGGGCUGCAGCUUGCAAUUGGGAUAAUAUUGAUAAUACAGCUAGUUGCAGCAGCAGCAGCAACAGGAAGAACAAGAAAGGCAUGGAUGAUCAUCAUUUGCACUACAAUUACAUCAAACAUAAUUACAACAACAUAUGCAUGCUGAGAGAGAGCGAGGGACAUGGAGGAGGAGGAGGAGGAGAUCCGUUGAUGGUGAUAACAAGGCCGAAAGGAGGGAGAACGUACCUUUGUAUGGACUUGGAGGAAGUGAAGGCCUGCAGGGAUCUUGGUUUUGAAUUGGAACACCACCACCAUCAACACAUGCCAACUACAGUAUUAACGUCCACCACCCUCGACACCAGUAGCGGCAGCAACUCCCCCGUUGCCAAUUGGCGUAUCUCCAGCCCUGGUGAUGACCCACGAGAUGUCAAGGCUCGACUCAAAUUAUGGGCGCAGGCUGUCGCGCUUGUAUCUACCUCGACCCCAAGACAGGGCUGCUGACCUCACCUCACCACAUCAUCAUUCUUCUUCUUCUUCUUUCUUCCCUGCUUGCUAAUAGUUAUUUUUCUUUUUUUUCCUUUACAUAACAAUUGCUUCUUCAUUUUUAUUUUUACAGAUCGAACAAUAGUUUCUCCAUUUUUCUCUCA